AUGUGGUUGGAUACGACUGCAAACCCCUUUGCCCUGACAACGGAAUAUUUGAAGCAGUAUCGCAUCCACCAACUUAAUCCAAAGGCAUUUCUUGGAUAUGUGGUUGGAUACGACUGCAAAGCCUUUGCUCUGACAACGGAAUAUUUGAGCAUAGUCUUUACCCUAACAACGGAAUAUUUGAAGAAGCAGCAUCACAUCCACCAACUUAAUCCAAAGGCAUUUUUUGGAUAUCUGGUUGGAUACGGCUACAGCUGCAUAGUCUUUAUCAUGACAAUGGAAUAUUUGAAGAAGCAGUAUCACAUCCACCAACUUAAUCCAAAGGCAUUUCUCGGAUGCCUGGUCGGAUACGAUUCAACGAACGUGUUCCGAAUAUUUAAGGCACAAACCAACAAGGAUAUUCUAUCGAGAAACGUGACGUUUGACGAGGAUGAGGUUUUUGACAGAAAUAUUGAGGCCUUGAGAAACGACCUAAUGCCCGUUAGCCAGGAGGGACUCUUGAAGCUUUUGAAUCAAUUUGACCAAACCCACACGCGUUCUGAAGAAAUUCAGGAAGUGCCUUAG